UAGCCCAACUAACGACGCUUCUAGGAGAAAUGCUCAAAUUACACCUAGGUAUACACACGUAUUUUACGCCGUACUGGAUACACCAAGCUAGCGCCGUAUCUCGCGUCAACGGAAUGCGACACCAUAACGCCCGUUGUGGACAAAUCCGCGCUGUAAUUGAGACAGCAAUUAAAAUAAUCAUAGUCUUCAAAACUCGAAGGUACUACCGCUCCGCAAUAUGUGUUUGAAGCACGUAAUUUUCGUGGUCGGUAUAUACGAAGGGAAUGAGAUUCAACCUCGAAAGAGGGCUCGUUAUCGCGACGUAGAAGGCUCAGACAACCAGCCUCAUUUGUCACGCGUUGACCUCCUGCGACGCGUCCUCCUCUUCUUCUUGUCACGCUCUUACCAUCUCACAAAGCUAUACUUGAGACGGUUAUAAAACCCGGAUCACUCCUUCACCUUUCCACAUGUACACGCGUACGUAUACCUAUACAAAUAUCAUUUUUCAGUAAAAAGUAGAUGUCAUUGUAUAUCACGGGGAUUAGGGUGCGGAAUUACUCGUCAAAAAUCGACUCACGUACGAUUUUGUUCAUUUUCAUUUCUUCCUGAAGGGAAAACCUGCGGAAUAUCGUCAUUCGCAAUAAUUUACAUCGUAUGUAAUACAUAGGUCACGAGAUGUUACCCUCGACCCGUAUCGAACGAAAUUUUAUGGAAUAACACGCGGCGUAUGUGUGUAUUAAAUAUCCCAUACAAGUAGGUGCAAAGUUUAUCCCGAAUUAUGAGGAGAAUUUUGGAGUUACAUAGACGCGGGUUAGCCCUAGGCUGUACGACGCACGUUACGUCGCAUGUAUGGGGUAUAUCGUUGAUGAGCCGCGAUGCUAACGUAUACUCCAUUAACCCCACGUAAACGCAACACAAACAGUCUCCCUUAACCGCGUACACGUUCGCUGUGUGAAGUAUGACCGUCUACUCGAAGUAUAUCAUCCGCUUGUUACAAACCCCCUUUAUACCCACUACCCACUAUCAUCUGACACAUGCAACGAAAUUCAUCCGACGUUCUGUUAUAAUUAAUAAUUAUCACUCUGCUAAUCAUCCGGAUUAUACGCCUACGUAUUCGUCACGUGGUAUAAUCUGUAGAAGAAAUUUGCUUCGAUAUUCGGUGUUUUUGUGCGUAACUUUGCGAUAGAAAAAUACGCUGCCAAUAAAAAACGAAAAAUCGAUACGUUCAGAUACCAAUUUCGUCGAAGAAUUCUUUGAUUUUCUCGACAUCGGCAUGAAAUGCUAGUUUUUCUUUUCUCUCUCUUCUACCUUUUAUUAUUCAUUCAUUUUAUUUUUUGUUCAUCCAACUUUCGAACAUCUCUUGAUUAUGGUUAGUCCUGCAAUGGCGUCCUUACUGACGCCCGACACCCUCUAUACGAGGACGCCAAGGCGUCUACGAGUCUAGACGAAAGUAUUGGCGGCCGACGGCGCGAGAGGCUGCCCCGAGGAUCAGUAUCCAAGCUCUAGGCAAACUGUCACAACUGGCAGAGAAAAUCUGCUUCCACAGUUAACAAAAGUGACUAAAACUUGACGCGGUAUUUAAAGGACAAAAGAGGAAAAUAGUUUCAUCCGUAUAAGCGUUGACCGAAGGGGGUAUUUGAAAAUUUUAUAAUUCUGAACGGAGCAUAAUUAUAACAGGGUGUGGCAAAAGCAAAUGAAAUUAACAGUAAUCCGAUAUUUGAAAUUGAAUUCGUUGUCCGUGAUCGAAAAACGUAUUGCUGAAAUUUAAAAAGCUUCCCUUUCUCCCCGCGCGGUUUUUUCGCCCAACGUUUUUAAACGUGAUUCAUGGCUCUCGAAGUACAUGCAUGGGUGUAUUUCCGUAAUACGUAGAAUGCACAUAUAGUUAGUAUAAAUGAAAAACAAGAAUGCAAAAAGUGCAUCGAAAAAGUCCAGUAUGAAUGGAAUUGAUUAAUCUUUUCACCCGCAAUUAAUCCGAGCGAACCAUUUACUGCAAAACGUGAAAGGGUUCGCCGUUCGUGAUCUAUGGAACUUUGCUGUUAGAACUCCGACGAAAUGUAGUGGCGCUCGUAAAAGCGAACGUGUAUACUGGUUUACUAUUUCACUGACAGUCCAAGCGCCGAUCGCGAAAAUAUCGAGUAAGGUAAAAGAUACAGGUUUACGGAUAAAAUGGGUUUGCUGAGAUUCGAGAUCAUUCUGGACAAUCCGCAAGGUAUUUAUUACGCGGGUUAUCCGGUUGUCGGUAACGUACACAUAGACGUUGACUCGCCGAAAAAAGUCCGAGGAAUCGAAAUUAGGUACAAGGGAGAGGCCAAAGUGCGGUGGAAACCCGAAGGAGGAAAUCAAAUACGCAAAGCCAACGAAACAUACUUGGAUAUCAAGUGUAUUAUUUUCGGAGAUGGAGAAAACGAAUUUGAAAUCCCAGAAGGAAAUCAUGUAUUUCCAUUCUCUUGGAUGUUGCCAGCUAAAAUUCCCUGCAGCUUUGAAAGUAUAUACGGUCGUGUUCGGUACACCAUAAAGGCAGUCGUAGACCGCCCGUGGAAGUGCGAUCAUGUCGUCAAAGUUCCAUUUACAGUUGUCCCAAUCUUAGAUCUGAACACUGAGCCACAUGCCUCGGAUCCGAUAGAGGAAAAAAAUCAUAAAACUUUUUGGGGUCAUUCCGAACCUUUGCAUAUGUCCGUUUCUAUUCCGGUGCGGGGUUACGUACCAGGACAAAACGUGCCAAUUAAAGCAAAACUCAAUAAUAUGUCGGGCGUGGACGUUGAGAAAUUGAGGGUGGUUAUGAAGAAGUUGGUCACAUUCUAUGCUGCGGGAGAUUCUCGAAUGCGGAAGGAAGUGAUACAAGAUUUCGAAGUGAACGUUGUCGAGGGUCAAGAUCUGGUUCUAAUCAACCUGAAAUUACCCUCACUUCCACCGUCGGGCUUGCAAUACUGUAGGCUCAUAGACAUCGACUACAAACUCAAGGUCGAAGCAAGGGUAGAGGGAUGGUACAAUAAAAAUCUCAAGGUCAGAACGGGUAUUUUAAUCGGUACUAUACCGCUCCUAACUUACCAAGUACCCCAACAUACUGGACCAACGUCUGCGCUGGGUUUCGGCGAAACUUUUUCCACACCAUCGGCUCCAAAUCGGGAAGAACCUCAACGAGAGACCUUUGUGUUCCCGACGGAAAUGGAGGAAUAUUCCUCGAGCUUGCCAAAAUGCACCUACGAGAAGUGCCUGAAUUACAAAGCAUCGAAACGCGAAAAGGACGAAUCGCCGGGCGAAGACUCCGACGGCGACAGUGACGAGGAGAUUGCUUCAUCUUUCGAUCCGAAGUAUACGGUGUACGACUUCGAACCUGUCAGACCUGAAAAUUAGCCGAAAAUUAUAUAUUAUUCAUUCGCCAUAUAAGCUUAAUUGAACGCGCAUAUGUACCUACCUCUUCCAUUCCAUAGAGACAUUAAUUUGCUUGUCCUAAUAACAGAGCCUAACAUGUCGUACCCGCGUCAAGUGCAUUCAAAGAUAAUUAUCCACCGUCAUUAAACCCGCUUUGUCCGAUGACAACCGGAGUGACACGGCUUCCUUCUCAGUCUACCCCGCGCAGGUAUACCCGUGUAACGUUCCAUGUACAUUUGUAUUGAAUACAAUAUCUGUUAUUGAGACAAAUAAUCUGCGUCGAAUGCGUACACGUAAUUGUAAGUAUAUGCGAAUGAUAUACGCAAUAUCCGCCAGUUCUUGUCAAUGUGAUAUUUAUUAACUGUUUAAUAGAAUAAUUUAUAACUCGUUAUAAGCAGCAGCUAAGGAUCUGCCAGUACAAAUUUCAUUCAACUUAAAUUUAAAUAAAGGAAGGAACAAACGAACGAUAGGUAUGACGAAAUACGGCCAGUCGAAAGAAAAGUUACUGAAUUAAAAAUGGUUUGUUCAGUUGCCUUUUUGCGCAAACUUGUAACAAUGAAACUUUUGUGUAAUCUGUGUGAAUUAUAAAUCGUUUGAAAAACGAACGGUUGACUU